AUGGCGAUCCCCUACCGGAUCACCGGCGGCCACAGCAGGCGAAGCCCGCUGCCGCUGACCACCGCGAGGGCGCUCCUCGCCGCCGUCGUCACCGGGGCGGUCCUCUCCAUCAUCUGCGUCCUCUCGCUCACCGACUCGCUCUCCUACAUGGGGUUCCAGCCCAGGAGCCUCCUCGACAAGAGGGACAGCAGCCGCAAGUACCUCUACUGGGGCGCCCGCGUCGACUGCCCCGGCAAGCACUGCGCCUCCUGCGCCGGCCUGGGACACCAGGAGUCCAGCCUCCGCUGCGCCCUCGAGGAAGCCCUCUUCCUCGACAGAAUAUUUGUCAUGCCGUCAAGGAUGUGCCUUAGUUCAGUGCACAAUACAAAAGGGGCACUUGAUUCAAGCAAUGCUACUUCGGACCAAAGAUGGGGAACCAGUUCUUCUGCAAUGGAAUCGUUAUAUGAUAUCGACCUCAUAUCGAAAAAUGUACCUGUCAUUUUGGACAAUCCCAAGUCAUGGUAUGGGAUAGUAUCGAGAAGUACGAAGCUAGGAGAGGGGGAUGUGGCGCAUGUGCAAGGGGUUAGCAGAGAUGAACUCAGAGACAAUCCACUUUACUCAGAUGCUCUCCUUAUAAACCGUACCGCAAGUCCUCUUGCUUGGUUUAUGGAGUGUAAGGACCGGACCAGGCGUAGCUCUGUGAUGUUGCCGUACACUUUUCUGCCAACUAUGCCAGCAAGAAAACUGAGGGAUGCAGCAAAUGAGAUGAAAGAGAUACUAGGUGAUUAUGAUGCUAUUCAUGUAAGACGGGGUGACCUACUGAAGAAUAGGAAGGAUAGAUUUGGUGUUGAGAGGAGCCUCCAUCCUCAUCUGGACAGAGAUACCCGUCCUGAGUUCAUCAAGAAAAGGAUCGCAAGGUGGAUUCCUAAAGGUCGUACUGUUUUCAUUGCUUCAAAUGAAAGGACACCUGGCUUCUUCGCACCUCUAUCAGACAGGUACAAGUUAGCAUACUCAUCUAACUUCAGUAGCAUACUGAAGCCAAUAAUCGAGAACAACUACCAGCUAUUCAUGGUGGAAAGGUUAAUCAUGCAAGGAGCAAGGACAUUUGUGAAGACAAUGAAAGAAUUUGAUAAUGAUCUUGCCCUCUGCGACGAUCCCAAAAAGAACACCAAAGUCUGGGAAGAACCAGUUUACACAAGCUGA